CUUGCGUAAACAAACCUGAUAUGCCGAUGCGAUGACCUCGAUCUCUGCCCUCUGACUCGAGUGCGGCCGGCCUCGUCACAUACCGGGGCUCGAGAUCUUUUUAUCUGUCUCAUCGUGGUCAGUAGGAGGGCGGUGGGUGGGGCACUUCCUGCCGGAAAUCUUCACUACACUGUGAAAAAUACAGUGCAAAACGUCGUGCCUCACCAUCACGAGCCCAGGCAGUGACGUGAGGAUAAACUCGAUUGCAGUUUUGAUCUGAUAAUUGAUAGACAUGGCUGGUCACAAUCGCAGCCACGGCAGGACGGAGCCAUCCGGUGACCGCGGCGGCGGCGGUGGCGGGGGCGGGGGCGGUCCCCGACCGCGACUGCGACGUACCACCUCCAUGGGCCGUGCCGAGGACAUCACCCAGACCGAGCAGAAAAUCCGACACAGCCAGCCGGACCACCCAAUACACAAACACGGCGACUCGCUGCUGUCCUGGAGGGCAGGGUUUACGGAGUAUGGCGGUUUUGUCAACUGGGGCUUCACUCUUCUUUUCCUGGGAGGCGCGAGGCUGAUGCUGGAAAACAUUCGCAAGUACGGUCUCCUGGUGGACCCGCCACAGUGGUUCUACACGCUGAACGGAGGCCCUUUCCGCUUCGGCGACCGCUACCCAUCGCUCAUGGUUCUCAUCUACCUGCAGGUCCACGCGUGGGCGGCGCUGGCCAUAGAGAAACUGCUCGCACGGUCGGUCAUCCGGCCCAGCUUCGGCGUCUUCCUGCAGAUCGUCAACAUCAUCAUGAUCCUGAUGGUGCCGCACGUCGUCGUCACCUACCUGGAAGCAGUCCCACUGGUGGGUCUGACCUGCGUCUGCUGGUGCUGCGUGGUUCUCUCCCUGAAGCUGGCCAGCUAUGCCCAUGUCAAUUCGUGGUGUCGCCGGGAUAGAGGCGGCACCCAGCGUCGACGAAGCCUCUCCUACAGCAAGUCCAUGGAGUCUCUCAACCCGCCGGCCUCUGAUCGAACCGAGGUGGAUUCCGCUCCUGAAGGGGUGGCUAUCAGGAAGCUGGUCCACUACCCGGACAACCUGAACCUGUUUGACCUCUACUACUACCUGAUGGCGCCCACGCUGUGCUACGAACUCAACUUCCCGCGCUCGGACCGACUGCGCAUCUGGUUCCUGGCGCGGCGCGUGCUGGAACUGAUCGUGGGCAUCAACAUGAUGGUGGCGCUGUUCCAGCAGUGGAUCAUACCCAGCGUCCGAAACUCGCUGGAACCCUUCUCGAAAAUGGACAUCACCCACACCACGGAGCGUCUGCUGAAGCUGGCCAUUCCCAACCACCUGCUGUGGAUCGUCAGCUUCUACCUCAUCUUCCACUCGUACCUGAACCUGAUCGGCGAGCUGACUCAGUUCGGAGACCGCCGCUUCUACCUGGACUGGUGGAACGCGCCCGACAUCAACACCUUCUGGAGGACCUGGAACCUGCCCGUGCACCGCUUCGCCAUGAGGCACAUUUACCUGCCGCUGCUGCGACACCGGUUCAGCAAGUUCUCGGCGGCCGUGGCGGUGUUCUUCCUGUCGGCCUUUCUGCACGAGUACCUGGUGGCGGCGCCGCUGAGGCUCCUUAGAGUCUGGGCCUUCCUCGGCAUGAUGGCACAGAUCCCGCUGGACACGCUGACCGUAUUCGUACGGAAGCGGUUCUCCCCUCGCCUGGGUAACGUGCUGGUGUGGCUGUCACUCAUCAUCGGCCAGCCUAUGGCCAUCAUGAUGUACUACCACGACUACAUCAUCGAGCGACAAGAUAUCGCCGCCGAGUAGGUCUGUCAGCGGGGGUGUCUGCCGAUCCGCGGCACGUGGGAAGACAUGCGGGUAGACGUUGGGUUGUAGGAGACGGUGAGAGUGGGAGUCUACCAUAGACUCUGCUGUGUGAGGGGCGUAGAUGUUUGGUUAGUUAGAGUGAUAGUUGUUGCUGGGCGGUGCAGUAGUGAGCUUUGGUGACGUCUUUGUUACAAAUUAUUGACGUGCCGUCUAGAAUCAGGGGUUUGAUCUGAAUAUCGAUGAUUGUUUGGGCUAGCGAUGUGGAUGAUCAAAGUGUGAUCGAUGGACUAGGUUUUCAGAGGCAUUUCUACGCACAUUCCCGGUUUGAUUGUUUUACGUUUUGAUGCAUCUCACUCAUGGCCAUAGUCACAGAGUCUGAUGACCAGAUGCUCUAUUUCUAUUUGGUUCCUGGCGAGGGCGCUUUACGUACCAUGUGGCAAUUAUGUCUACUGGCUUCAAUAAUGAAAUGAACGACUUCAACUAGUUAUGUGCUGGAAUGUCAGGAAACCAUUUGGAGUCACCCUGCGACGGUACAUGUGGCUAGGUGGUAGAUGUUUUGUAUUUGUGAAUUAUUUGGAGCCGAGCUUAUCCUCUUACACACAGCAGAUGGCAGCAAUAUUUGGCUGUAACAAACGUGCAUUGAUCGCAAGCGUUCGUGGCGGCUGCUCGUGAUAGGUGCCGUAAUCUACUGUCCCUUUUUGUCAACGUCAGUUAAUUACAGUCUUGAUAUCUUGUGUACUCCCGAGCAGAAUGACUGGAAUCGUUACAUCGAAUUCUAUGAGUGAUUCGGGCAUUGAUUGGCCGUGAUGGGUAACGAUAGUGAUUGUGCCAAUAUCUAUGGGGGUAUAUCUGUUUAGGUAAUUUUGCUAGUAGCUUUUCAAAGUCAGAAUCGCGUUUGUUAGUAAUGUGCAUGUAAUUUUGAUAAAACGGGCAAAUUAUACUAUGUUUGAAACGUCUUCGUAUGUGAAAACCUGAAUGCUCAUCGCAAAAUAAUCAUGACAUGUGUAUGAGCGAUCCAUGGGAUAUGCGUGGGCGUGCUGAGAGGCUUUCGCCAUUCAGCUUACAAACUGUAAGAUGAAUGGCGGUCGGCUUGGCGACAAAAGUAGUGUAAACUCAGCGGAUGCCUGUUUCACGUGCAGCAAUCCUAGCAAUCCAAGGAUUGCACAAAGCAAUCCUAAGACUGGGUGGAAGCUUGCCAUAUUAUUGUUGCGGAUUGAGCGACAGGGUAGACAGGAGAUAGGUGACCUAUAUUUGGCAGCGCUCGAUUUGGCAGCCCUGAGCGCUGUGGCGUCGUUGCGUCUGUUGUGUGAGUCAUUCGCGGCGUAUGUGCGUAGCAAAGGGUCGACGAUCGUUGCGCGAGGACCCGCCGGUUCAACAGUUAUGUAACCCGGUGCUUACGUAAGGAUUGGCCGGAGUGUUUGGUCGACCCGCUCAACAUCGAUUGGGGAUUCGCUGUGCGGGGUGUUGGGCCAGUGAUUUAGCAAAUACUCGGCGGUGAAUAUGAUUGGCGGGCUAGUCCCCAGUGAUUAUGAUGCAAUGCAAACAUAUCGGGGUGUUAUUCGAAUGCUUUCUGAUCAGGGCAUUUUUCGAGCGUUAGUGCGGGAUGCAAGAGCGGGUGCUAGGUGAACGCUGGGCAAAUCGGUUGAAUCAUGCAUUGUUGUUACCGACAAUUAAUGCCAAAAAAGUGUGGCCACCGCGAUUAGGCUAAUAAAUGAGCAAUAAACAAUGUA